UCACCCGACCGUCGCCGGUCGCGAUACACAAGUCAGUUACGCGAUUUCAGAAAAGGCGCUGAAAUGCAAAUAGAAAGGGCGUUAUAUACAUGCAGUAAAUACACCGACUUUUACGAGUUCAGACGCGCGUCUAUAAGGAGUUCGAUUGCAACCGUCAGAUCCUGAUGCAGGAAGAUUUUGAUUUUGAUCAACAACAAAUAAAUGAAUUAUCAACUGUUAUUUCGAUGGCUUUGAAGUGAAUAACACAAUUCAAGGACGGAAUCCUUCAUAUAUUCGAUUCGCGAGAAAUUUCAGCAAACGGCUAACAAUAUGAGUUACACGGAUGGUUAUACGUAUGAACCCCAGCGAAUUCGGCAUCCAAACAUCAGUGUUAUCGAUAUAGCCAGCGAGAUGUAUCCGAUGCCACAAGCAUAUCGUGCACUUGAAUAUACGAAUCCAACGAGGCUAUUCCUAUGCAUUACUGACGUCAGGGACGCGCCAGGCCGAGAUGCGAGCGACAAUGAGAAAAAACGACGUUUCCUGGAACUGCAGAAAGCGGAUCUUCCUGCAGCAGCAGCAAUAUUCAAUCCGCACGACCGGCCGCAUCAAGAUCAAAAAGAAUAAAUCGGGAUUUAUCACCGGAGCCCGCAGAUUUAUCUGCGUUUAUGUAUCCGGAUAUGAGUGGCUCUUCUCUUAAAAGCACGCCUGCGGGGCUAUUUUCGCGGCGUUUAUUUGGCUAGAGCGCGAGUGCAUGCAGCAACCGCGGAAGCUCUGAUAUUCAGCUCUAAAGGUACAGCUUGUGAUUCAACGGAUAUUAUAAUGAAGAUCUCCCGCAUAUACGCAUACUCGACGGAACAGACAUCGGCUUCGUUGUACAAGGAACGGCUCUUCAUUUAAUCAGCAGCGUCUCCGCCCACGAAUAAUAAUCCACCGAGAGCCGCGCAUCCGCCGCUAAAAUGACCUCCAAGGGGUGUCGUAUAGCCGCCUAUACUUGUUGCGCGCGCUUUCUCUCUAUAUACUCUAUAUCUGCGAUCCUCACAGCGGAGAGGGAGCUUCGAUUCGAAUCAGUCGAAGCUUUGCCGGCACGACGGCAAGGGUUUUUUUUUCAUUCCGAUAAGAGAGCUGACUCUGCUUUGUGAUUUUCUGUAAUUGCAGUUUUCUUAUCGGUUCGUGUAUAGGUUAGAUUUGGGGAGAAGGACGUUGUUGUAAAUCAGUGCGUUAUUACGUCGUCGAGUAUCGAUUACAAUUUUACGAGCUACUCGUGAUAAAAGUAGAGAGAAACUGAAUGGAAUUAAUUGGUAAUAUAGUUAUUUAUAGCUAUCGAUCGCUAAUCUUUGUCUAAAUAUAGCCGCGGUCAUAAAAGAUUUCGAACUUUCUCGUCCACAAAUCGACUCUCUGAAAAGAUUUAUAACCCGAGCUUUACAUGCAUACCUGUUUCCGUCAGGAGCAACAGGUCGUCGUCGUUCCAACUCCGGUCUCCUGGUUUUAUUAAUAAUAUAUAAAAACAGCAUCGACGGCCACGAAGAAUUCACGCGCGAGAUAGCGCCUAUCAAUAGGUCGCCGAUAGAGAAUCGCCGAUAAAAGGCUUACGAUACAGCGUGACGGCAGACGGCCAGGUGACGAGCAGAUCCGUCCGGUCCGGUAAUUCGUACGGACGCGCAGGUGUCGCGGUGUGCGAGCUUCCGUCUCUCGCUCGUGUUUGCGUAGAAAGCUCGAUAGCGCCGUUUAAUUUUUCCGUUCGACUCUCUACUACAAGUUUAAACUUAAUUCUCGCGGGAGUGUGCAGCUGGUGAUUUAUCAAAGUGCGAAGAAUGUAGUUUCGCCGGUUAAAAUGACGAGUCUUAUCUGCAUUGUUUUUCUCGCUGAAGCACUCGGCGGAUGAUAUACCCACACAUUUAGCGCGAAUUUUCUAGAAAAAAAACGAGCUGCCGUGGAAAAAUUUAGUUUUCGCGGAAGGUAUUGUCUGCGACGUGAGCUGCGAGUUUGUGCACAGUGCGAUAGCUACAAUGACAAAGCUCCGUGGCGCGAAAAUGGGAGUGUGUAAUAAAAGUGAUCUGUGCUGCUGUCGUGAAUCAAUAUGUGAUCAAUAGUUGAGAAAUGACUUUGUUCAGUGUUGCAAUUUUCGAUUGGACUUGAGUGCACUCGCCUGGACUUGUGAUUAAUGUAUAGGAUUCUCAAUCGAUCGGAGAUAAUACGAUGGCCGAUCGGACAUACCGAAGCUAGUCAAAUUCCUUUCAAAAUAGAAUAUUACGUAAUCGAUAUUAUAUAGUAAUUGUAUAGUGUGUAAAUAUUUAUUCGUGUAUAAUCGUCGUUAAAAUACUCCGUAUACGAAGCGAUAAGUCAAGCCCUGCAAUUUUCGCAUAACUGUAACAAUAUCUCAUCGGGAAGCACAGAUAGCGAGCCCUGAAAAAUUCUCCGACUGCGCGUGUCUCAAGUCGAAAUCUGUGGAAAAGUACGGGAAACAACAAGCCUUUUUUCCAUUGGGAAUGAAGAGUCUCAAGUGCUGCUGUCACUGAAGCCGCACAUCACAAGUCUGCCUUCCAACCCUUGUGGAAAAUUAAAGGACUCGUGAUGACGAAGCCAACGGCGGAUCGAUGAGCAAUCGAGGAUAUGGCUUCCGGCAGACACGUAACGCUGCUUCUCCUGAUGCUGGGCUAUGCUGGAUGGGCUAGCGGAGGUUGCAGGGAGGCCCAACUGCCGAGGGAUUGCGAGGCCCUCUGCAGUUUCGAUCAACACGGACAGGUGACCUCCUGUGAGCUCAGAGCUGCGGUUCUGCUCGUUAACAACUCCAAGUACGAGAUCUCUCUGAUGAAGGUCAUGCCGGUCCUGGAUCUGGCAGUGGCAAAGGCUCGUUCGUUGGGACUGCUGCCCUACUGGCUGAAGCUGACCUUUUUCCCUCAGGAUGACGGCUGCGACGCGACCUACGCUCAGAUAGGCGCCAUCGACAGCUACUCCAGCUGCGUCCACGUGUUCUUCGGGCCCGCCUGCGACUAUUGCGUAGCGAGCGUCGGCAGGAUAACAAAGUUCCUGAAUGCGCCUCUGAUCACGACGGGAGGCUUCACCUACGACUUUACGGAGAAGAAGGUUACUUGCGCAGACGAGUAUUUCAUGACCGUCAGGAUGGGCGCGCUGUCGUUUCGCGACAUCGCCUUCGUUUUCAUCGACCAAAUGAAACGAAAUCGCUGGAAGAAGAUGCAUCUGUUGUACGAUACGAACGGGCAGAACGUUGUCGCGGGGAGGCACACGUGCCAGUUGAUGAUGAAAUCGAUGGUACAGUUUGUGAAGAAGGAGGAGAUCGAUUACGGGACGUUCGACGUGGACUCCGUGCACGUCAAGGACUAUCCAGAAGUGCUGAGGGAUCACAUCGGCAACGUGUACAGCGUCGUGGUGAUGUGCGCCAACGCGACGACGAUCCGAGAGAUCCUACUGGCAGCCGAGGAACUUGGUAUGGUGGAUUCCGGGGAGUACGUCUUCUUCUCCAUCGAGCUGACGAGUAGCGACAACAGCACCAAGGAGCCGUGGCGAGUGGUGGGCGACACGCCGGAGCGCAACGAGAAAGCGCGAAAGGCGUACCAGGCGCUGCUGACGGUGACGACGAGGACCCCGGACAACGUAGAGUACCUAAAUUUCUCGCGCGAGGUCAAGUCACUCGCCCAGAGCCGCUACAACUUCACCUUCGGCAACAGCUCGGUCUCCACCUUCGUUACCGCCUUCUACGACGCGGUGCUGCUCUACGCCCUGGCGCUCAAGGAGAGCCUGCCUGACAAACCUGGCGAGGUUAACCUCGAUGGCGGAAACCUCACCAGACGCAUGUGGGGCAGGAGCUUCAAGGGUAUAACGGGGUACGUCCACAUCGACGAGAACGGCGAUCGCAUAGCCGACUAUUCCCUCCUCGACAUGAAUCCCGAAACUUCCAAGUUCGAGAUAGUGGCCAACUACUACGGGGCGAACAAAACCUUGGAGUACAUACCGGGCAAAAGGAUACACUGGUCGGGUGACCGGCUCGAGCCACCGCCCGAUACGCCCACCUGCGGCUAUGACGGAUCCCUCUGUCCCGAUAACUCUCUGCCCGGUUACGCCAUACUCUCGAUCGUACUCAGCUCGAUCGUUGUAUUUCUCGUGGUGGGCUCGGUCUUCAUUUACAGGCACUUCAAACUCGAGGCCGAAAUUGCCUCGAUGACGUGGAAGGUGCACUGGGAAGACGUUAUUGUGAUGCCGAGCGAGAAGUUCAAAGCCGGAUCCCUGUACUCCCUGGCGCCAAACAAGCAACGUGGCAGUCAGCUGAGCAUAUAUUCCGAGGACAACAUGAGCCUGCCCGGCGGAAUGGACAGGCGCUCCUUCGUCCCCACUGGAAUUUACAAGACUUCGAAAAUAGCCAUCAGGCCGAUACCAAGGAACAAGGUGGAGAUCUCGCGUCCGCUGCUGUUGGAGCUGAAAAGGAUGAAGGAUCUCCAGCACGAUCACUUGGUGAGAUUUUACGGGGCCUGCGUCGAUCCGCCCCACUGCUGCCUACUCACCGAGUACUGUCCGAGAGGUUCACUUCAGGACAUCCUGGAGAACGAGCAGAUGAAGCUGGACAAGGUGUUCCGGGGCUCUCUGAUCCACGACAUCGUCCGGGGCAUGGGCUACCUGCACGCCUCGGACAUACGCAGCCACGGGAACCUCAAGUCGACCAACUGCCUCGUGGACUCGAGGUUCGUCCUGAAGAUCGCGGAUUUUGGACUGCACGAGCUAAGAAAGCCACAUCCGCUGGACCCCGACGAGGACCGUAACAGCUACGCCUAUUGGAGAAAACAGCUGUGGACGGCACCGGAGCUGCUGAGGAUGGGGCGCAGGCCGGCCGAGGGUACGCAGAAGGGCGACGUCUACAGCUUCGCCAUCAUCGUGCACGAGAUCGAGAUGCGCCAGGGGCCCUUCUACUUGGGAAACGCGAGCAAUCUAUCUCCCAGGGAGAUCAUAGAGGGAGUUCGAAGAGGCGGCGGAUCCCCCUUAAGGCCUUUUCUAGAUGAAACUUCUGUCGACGAAGAAGUUGCAUCGUUAAUGGACCGAUGUUGGGCCGAGGAUCCUGCCGGUCGACCAGAUUUUGCCGGGCUCAAAGAGAUCGUUCGCAAAAUCAACAAGGACAGCCGCAUCAACAACCUGCUGGACAAUCUGCUGUCGCGUAUGGAGCACUACGCGGACAACUUGGAGAACCUCGUGGCCGAGCGCACGGCUGACUAUCUCGAGGAGAAGCGAAAGUGCGAGGAGCUGCUCUAUCAAUUGUUGCCAAAGUCUGUGGCAUCGCAGCUGAUCCUGGGCAGGAGCGUAAUCGCCGAGACGUACGAUCAGGUGACGAUUUAUUUCAGCGACAUCGUCGGCUUUACGAGCCUCUCCGCCGAGAGCACACCCCUCCAGGUCGUCGAUCUGCUCAACGAUCUCUACACGUGCUUCGACUCGAUCAUUGAAAACUUCGACGUUUACAAGGUGGAAACAAUCGGCGACGCUUACAUGGUGGUUUCGGGUCUGCCGGUGAGGAACGGCAUGAACCACGCGAGGGAGAUAGCCAGGAUGAGCCUGGCCCUGAGGGACACGGUCAUGACGUUCAGUAUUCGCCACAGGCCUAACGAGCAGCUCAAGCUUCGAAUUGGCAUGCACAGUGGUCCCUGCGUCGCGGGUGUAGUUGGCCUGAAGAUGCCGAGGUACUGCCUGUUCGGCGACACGGUAAACACGGCUUCGAGGAUGGAGAGCAACGGCGAAGCUUUGAAGAUACACGUGAGCCCGAAAACGAAGGAGAUCCUGGACACCUUCGGGACAUUCGAUCUGCUCUGUCGGGGGGAGGUGACGCUCAAGGGCAAAGGCAAGAUGACGACGUACUGGCUGAUAGGCGAGAAGCCUCUGCCUCAGUUAGAGAACAACAACGUCCAACAGGUUCGCACGACCGUGAUGAGCAACAACCAAAUCCCGGCUAUCUCGACGCCGCGACACUCCAUCUACGGCCAACAGCAGCAAUCGGCUCAGACUCAGACGAGCCUCGUGACCGGCAACGGCGCACCACCGGCUCUCUCGCCGUCUCAUCACCGCAGCAACAACACCGGCAGCAACUCUACUCAACAGCAACAGCAGGUGAACAGCGAGAGUCUGCCCAACCACAACGUGGAGAGUGGCGCGAAUGCGCCUCUCCUGCUGCCCGUAGGUUCCGUACCCUGAGGCGAGUCGUCUAGCUGGAGAUCGGUUUCCACGAGCAAUUCCGCCGAGAGAUGAGCUGAUUGAUCGCGGCUCCUCGGUUUCGUAUACUGCUGCUGCUGACGCGCAUUUUGACAAGUUUGUUCUUCUAAUCUGUCUCGUAUAGGCCGGACCGCGUCGUCGUCCUCGUCGUCUUCGAUGUGUGUGAGUGUGAGUGUUGUUGGCUGCAUAAAGAUGACUGAUGUGUUGUGAGAUGACUGAGCGGCUGGAAAGGAUUGGGCAAUGCCAGGAAUUCACGAGGUGCUGUGCGUAUACGUGACUAUUUCGUACUUGCUUUAAUUUAUUUGAAAGAUAAUCCAUAGCUUAUAAUAUUUAUUGAAACGAUAUCGCACGAGUGUAUUAUCUAUUACUUAUAUGCAUUUUGUUGAAUUAGGAAUUGACAUUGCAUUUAGCUCGCCGUAGAUCGUAUCGCUCGAUAGUUAUGCAGUGACAGAUAAAAUUUCGAGCAUCGGCAGAUCAUUGACUUUACCAGACGAUUUUUUACUCGAGCGCGCGUUUAAUCGCACGCGUACAUUAUACAUGCGCAAAGUAUAAAAAUAGGAGGGAGCGGGGAAUUUACGAGGAGUCGCUGCAUAUAAUAUACGAGCCAUACUGUCGCGGUGUAAAGUUUUUAAGUAGUUCGCGCGCUGAAACUCUCAAGUGAAACUUUAAUAUUAUACUGUAUUUGUUGAGAUAUUAGAGCGUUGUAUUAUUCGAGUUGACUGUCGUCUCGCGCGGAAAGCUCAAUGCGCGAGGGGCAGAGGUUUGAGGUUUCGAUAAGCAAUAAUUGAAAAAGAAGAUAUUAAUUAUGUAUAAUGUUCACGCUGAAUACUCGAGUCUUUUUCUUGGCAUUGCAAAGUCUUUUCCACAGCAGCUACUCAAUAUUAUACGAAAUCCAAUUUCGAUGUUUUUGCAUGCAAAUUUUUCAGAGCCAAAACGGAAGUGAUAAGAAUUAACUAAAUGGAAUAAUCAUACAUGUAUUAUUGAGGUAAAUAUCAUCAUUUUAAACUAUGAAGCGGUGAUAAUUGUCGACGUCAGUUAGUCGACGAAGAGUUUUAACGAACGAAUACCAGUUGACACUGAUUAUUACCGAUUUGUUAUAUUGUUCUGAAGAAUAUCGAUUGUUAAUAUAUAGCAUUCUUUUCAAGCAAGGAGACCUAUGAAGAGUAAAUUGAAUUUAAAUAUUAUAUAAUGCAAGCUGUAUGGGAAUGAAAUCAAAAGCACCAUCCGUUUAAGUGGACCACGAUGAUAUGAUGUCUAUAAUGAAUUCUCAAUUUGUGAUUAAAGAGCCGUUUAUCAUCGGACGACGAAUCAAUCGAGCGGUAGUACAAAAUCUGAAAGUCUAUGAACACAAUGUUUAGGGCAGAGUUUAAAGAGAGUGUAGAAGUCGCUCGCACAACUUUUCUUUCGCCAUCGCUCGACUCUGAAAAAACGAAGGGGCGGUGAUUAUCGCGGGAAGGAGUCAAAGAAACGUCGAGCAGAAGUCACCGGGCUCUUGCACCUUUUAUUCUUCAUAACUUUGAAAAAUAAAACGGCUAAAGCGAAAUAUGACGCAUCGCUACAGGGCUUUGCAGCUGCAAAAUAGUAGUAAUAAAACGUCGGAUCGCGCAACUUUUACCUCGAAACUCAGCGCAGAGAGAACGACGCAGAAAAGGAAGAGACUCACAAGCGCGCGCUGGCACAGUAUUAAAGUAGAAAAAUUCAACUUUCUUUCGGAUGUUUAGACGCGAGAGCGUGCGCACGUGCGGUGCUUCCUUUUUUUUGUAUAUCAGCUUCUUUACCCGCAGUAGCAUCAGAGAGCUCGACUUUUACCGUUACACAUAGCCGCGUUGGCGUAAUUUUUCAAACCGUUAUGCUAUACUCGAACGAUAGUAUUAUUACGCGACGUUAUACAGAGCCGAUAUAGUUCGCUCGGCUAUAACUAUACCGAUCCCGUUUUCUUAUCGCCGCGCUUGUUCUUCUUCUGUCAUUCGCGAUAUCGCGAGAGUUCGUUUUCAGCCUAGAUUGGGUGAUCGCACACCGAGCGAUUUUUUCGAUAUUCUGUGUUUCGUGCUCGAAUGGGUGCUGCGGAGUCGCAUAAAAUGUAAAAAGGUAUCGGAUCCGUUGCGUGUGUUAUUCUCGAUUUCCGUAUUCGAAGAUUCGAUUCCGUAUUCGCGUUAUGUAGAGCUAAGAUUUUACCUAUCUCGUAACGAAGAAUCACAUACAACGUAAAAACACAUACGACUCGUUGGCUGCGCGGUAUGAUGAGAAGGAAGAGAUAAAAUUUAUAGAAUCGAUGUAUAGACUAUUGCUAUAGAUAAGAAAUAUUAAGACGCGGAGGCUGGGCCUUCAUCGCGGAGUAUAUAAUUAAGUAAUCCUGUCCUUUCCUUAAUUCUCGGCGUUAUUUCCUUUCAUUUUUUUCAUUUCUUCUACUCGAGAUACAACAAGAACAGAAAUAAAAAUAAUGCCAGUACUAUAAUAAACGCAUAGUGUGUGACGAAUGCGAAAGUGAUAAAAUAUCGUUGUACGAAGGAAUGCGAGUGUGACGUAUGUUGCGCGAAUGAUACUUACAUGCGAGUGAGUUAUUACGCGAUCGACGAGCACACGUGAGAGAGUAUAUAGCGCAACGAUUGACCUGAGAGAUAUGUUAUACAUACAUAAUACGUAGCUUCGCGACGAAAAAAAACUCUUUGUCUGUAUAGAGUUGCAAGCGAAGAACAAAAAAUACUGGAUGAUGAUAAAGAAGAAAGCUCUAAGUAUAUAAGGUUUAAGUGUAAUUAUUGUCGUAUACGUGCGGGCGUUCGAGCGUAUGAAAAUGCGCGGUGAGAUAUAAAAAUGCUCUCAAAUGACGGAGAAUCGAGGAGGAAUGGGAGAAAAGAGGUGUAAGCCUAUCGAUAUUACGGAAAUAAAGUUCCAUCGUUUU